CAGAGCCCGCGAAGGCGAUGCCGACAGCACAACACAGAGCUCUCCUAAGCACCCCAAUUACGCCCGGCUUGCGGUGUUUCGAUCUGUGCACAACGCCCCCAAAUCCAAAAUUUCUCUUCAGAUGAUGCCGCACUGAGUGAGCGCGUUCGAACGAGCAGGAAAUGGGUUCGUAGAGGAGGUGAAACUAUUUUUUCGGUUCGGUUCUCCUGGUUGACGUCUUCGAACGCGAUCGGUGCAGGUUGGAGAUGACGGUUAAAUGGCUCUACUACUGGCAGCCCUCGAUAGGCGUAACAAUGAGCAGCCAAACUCUGUCCAUCGCUAUUAAGCGCAUCGAAGCCUUACAUGGCGUGAAGACUUCCCGAUGGCAGAUCACUGCGUCGCAGUUUCGUCCCAACCAACGAGAACCGGUACCCUUAGUGGAAUGCGCGAGGGAGCUAUUGGGGGUGGUGUUCUCGGAGGUACCAGACAAAUACUACUUUGCAUUGCGGCAAGAGCAUAUGGUGGUAGAGGCCGACGCCACCAUGCAAGCCAUUAUGGAGAAGCUGCAAGUUUAUCGCAACAGACUCACUAUCCUUUUUGAAGGAUUUCAAUACGAAUUGGGAGAUUUCCAUAUUAAGGCAGGCAGGGCUGUUCUUGCACAUACCGAGAAUCUCCGUGGCAUUGUUUUAGAGGUAGAUUAUAAGCCUCUGUCAUCGGUAGAGCAGUCUCGAAGAGUAGUGCAGGACUUCAUGGAGGUGUGGCAGAAAGGCGAGACCACCGGCCAAUUCGUGCCUUUGGACCCCAAUUUUUCAGAGUUCAACCUGCCUGAUCUAUAUUCAUGGCAGCAUACUGCCCUACAGUAUGUCACACUCAUGGCGUUUGUCUUCUCGCAACAAAGAACUUGAUCCUCACUUUCAAUGAGGAAUCAUUUCUUGUUUUGCAUGCUGGCGGACUCCAGCUUGGUUGGAAUUGCAAUGCCGUACAAAUCAUGGCCUAGUUUAUCAUUUGCAGCACCUGCGUAGUCUGUUUCAAGAGCUGCUUAGAUCAUCGGGCAUUGUAGUUGGGGAUAAGGUGCUAGUUAUGUAUGACGAGUCUUGUCACACAGGUUCACAGAAUUUGGUUUUGUGAUAUCCCCUGUGCUUUUCCAUUCUGUGCUCCCAAUUAAUGGAAUCCACCGUUCCAUCCACAUGUAUCAUUUACUCGUGCUAAAGGAAACCAUGGCACUGUUUACCUCUCCUCUGCA